AUGUUGAAUACGGACAAAACACGGAAAGCAGCAGAAAUCUAUCGGAUUGCAUUAGCUUUGAUAUUGAAUUAUUUACGCGGUGCUAGUAUAAUGGUUGCUUUAGCCUUGGAAGCGAUUGCCUACGCACACUAUGUACUUGAAUAUACAUCAGGUGAUUUCACGUAUGCUUUAAAUUGUGCUGAAAUAUCUGGUCUAAUGCUGCGUCGUUUAAAUUAUGGGGUGUGUAUGCAAGCAGCUUCAGCGAAUCGAGUCAAAGGUAUGUUGAGUGUUUGCAUAUUUUUUUUGUUAACUGAAUAA